AUGGACAUGGUGCUCGAUCGCGGUGCCCGAGGUGGCAAAUAUCAGAGCAUGCAACGCAAGAUGCUUAAUCAGAUUCCCGACAGUAUUAGUGUUCAAGAAGAUAAUUGGUUUAUUUUCGCCGUGGACGACUGCUUCACCGUCAAGGUCCCGUCCAAGGCGAGUUCCCUUCGCAAGGAGAAUAUCUUCGUCGCCCAAGCUUUGGCCCCCAAACCGACACCACCACCAGCAGCAGUUGUGCCGCCCGCGGCUGCCAGCCUUCAGCGGCACCUCGGCGAUCUCCUCUCGAGCAAAGAGGGCGCCGACGUGACGUUCAUGGUAGGCGACGAGGUGUUCGCGGCGCACCGUUACAUUCUCGCCGCGCGGUCGCCGGUCCUCAAGGCGCAGCUCUUCGGUGCUAUGAAGGAGAGCACCGGUACUACUAAAGAUGAUGCCGUGCGUGUCGAGGACAUGGCGCCGCAGGUGUUCGAGGCUCUGCUCUACUUCUUGUACACGGACUGCUUACCGUCGACGGAAUCGGAGACGCCGGCGCCGGAGCUGGACGUGAUGACUCAAUAUUUACUUGUGGCGGCAGAUAGAUAUGAUCUGGAGAAGCUGAAGCUGAUCUGCGAAGAGAGGCUUUGCGAGUGCAUUGACGCCAGCAAUGCGCGGUGA